ACGUUCAAAGAUCGCACGAAGCCAGGCUUUCAUUUGUUGCAUUACCUUCUCUGUUCUGCUGCGAGAUCGAUUGUCCUUCAAUAGCAGCGUGGCCGCGUCUUUGGAACGUACCACGAGUGCAACAAAGGACCUACUCACAAUCUCUCUGUCAAAAAUCCAACUAAAUUAUCAAGAUGAAGUCUGCUAUCCUCGCCUCUCUUAUCGCCUCUGCUGCCGCCUUUGUGCCCGCCCAAGAUGCUGCUCGCAGCACUUCCUUGAACGGUGCCAUGGAUGACUUGAAGAGCAUCGCCGAGAAGUCCAACCCUGUCUUGAAGUACUACGAUCCUCUUGAGUUGGCCACCACCUCCAUCUGGGGUAACACCAACGAUGCCACCAUCGGCUUCUUGCGUCACUCCGAAAUCAAGCACGGACGUGUUGCUAUGGCUGCCUUCGUUGGAUACUGUGUCCAGUCCAACGGAAUCAGGUUCCCAUGGCCAUCUGUUGGAGGCGAUGUCUCCUUCGAUGGUCUUUCCCCACCUGAACAGUGGGAUGCCAUGCCAGAGGCCGCCAAGUGGCAAAUCGUCCUCUUCAUUGGUUUCUUGGAAUUCUACUCCGAGUCCGUCGGAACACACUACAUGCGUGGAGGACAAGCAGGAAAGUUCCCCACUUUCGCCGAAGGAGAUAUCAUUCCCCACCCAAUGCCCUUGAACCUUUUCGACCCCUUUGGCUUGUCCACCAACGCCAGUGCUGAGAAGAAGGAGAAGGGACUGAUCUCCGAAUUGAACAACGGACGAUUGGCACAAAUCGGUAUCAUUGGAUUCCUCUCGGAACAAAAGGUUGAAGGAUCCGUGCCUCUUCUCAAGGGACUUGUCUCCCACUACGAUGGUGAGCCCAUGGCUCCCUUCUCUUUCUAAAUGCCUUCUGUCCUCGAUGUGCAGGCGCUGCAUGCAGACAAGGGAUACAACAUUGUGUAGUUAGAUGCUAGAGAGUUUUGUAACUCAUACCUUCGGAAAGUGUAACAAUUCUAAUGAAAUGAAGCUAUCCG